AUGGCUGAAUCGCUGAUAGUUGGCCUCGUUGAAAAGUUAGGAACACGUGUUUAUCAACAAAUAUCAUCUGUAUGGGGUAUGAAAGAUGAGCUGAAAAAACUCCAGGAGACAUUGUCCUCUGUGAAAGCUGUGCUUUUAGAUGCUGAGGAGAAGCAAGCUCAGAGUCACCAGCUAAGAGAUUGGCUGCAAAAGCUCACCGAUGCCUGUUACGAUGCUGAAGAUGUUCUGGAUGAGUUCGAGGUUGAAGUUGUUCGGAAGCAAGUUCUUGAUCAGCAGAGCAUUGGAAAAAAGGUACGCUACUUGGUAUCAUCCUCAAAUCCACUUGCUAUUCGUUACAAGAUGGCACGUAAAACAAAAGAAAUUAGAAAGCGGUUUGAUGAGAUUGCAGCUAUUAAGACUAAAUUUCAUCUCCCUGAACGAGAUGAUAAUAGGCGUGUUGUGAAUAGAGGAAGGGAAAUGACACAUUCCUUUGUAGUUGCUUCAGAUGUUAUUGGUAGAGAUGAUCAUUUAGAAGAGAUCAUAAAGCUAAUAAUAGACCACUCAAAUGAUGGUGAAAACUUGUCUGUCAUUCCUAUUGUGGGCAUUGGAGGACUUGGAAAAACCACUCUUGCAAAAUUGGCCUACAAUGAUGAUAGGAUACGUAAUCAUUUUGAUUCAAGAACGUGGAUGUGUGUCUCGGACGAUUUUGGUUUGAAACAAUUAAUGAUGAAAAUAAUCAAGUCUGUAACUGGUCAAAAUCGUAAUGAGUUGGAUACGGAGGAAUUGCAGAAGAUGUUGAGAGAGACUUUGAAUGGUAAGAGAUACUUACUGGUUAUGGAUGAUAUUUGGAAUGAAGAUCGUAGAUCAUGGAUUGAAUUGAAAAAUAUUUUGUCAGAAAGUGGUAAUGGGAGUGUAGUCUUAGUGACCACACGUAGCGAUCGUGUUGCCUCAAUUAUGGGCACAAUGAGAGAUGUUAAUGGGUACAACCUAGCAGGUCUUUCCAAUGAAAGCUGCUUGUCUUUGUUAUUGAAAUGUGCAUUUAAGGAAGGGCAGGAGAAACAACAUCCUAACCUGAUUAAAAUUGGAGAAGAAAUUGUGAAAAAAUGUGGCGGAAUUCCUUUAGCAGUGACAACAUUAGGAAGCCUACUAUAUUCCUCAACUGAUGAACAUGAUUGGACAUAUGUGAGGGAUAAUGAGAUUUGGAAUUUAGAUCAAAAGAAAGAUGACAUUUUACCUGCUUUAAGAUUAAGUUAUGAUCAAUUGCCAUCUUACUUGAAACCAUGUUUUGCCUAUUGUUGCAUGUUUCCAAAAGAUUUUGAGUUUUGGAAUAUGCAAUUAAUUCUAUUCUGGAUGGCCCAUGGGCUGCUUCAAUCUUCUACCGAGAAUCAAGAUCCAAUAAGUGUUGGCAUCCAGUACUUAAAGGAAUUAGCGUCAAGAUCUUUCUUCCAAGAUUUUGAACAAAUUUUGAUUUUUUAUAAAUUUAAAAUGCAUGAUCUGAUGCAUGAUCUUGCCAUGUCAUUGAUGAAAAACGAUUGCUUAAUAUUGAACUCAAGUGACCAAUGUUUUACCAAAAGAAUCCGACAUUUGUCUUUGAUUGAUGUUGAUACACACAAAAUAAAUCUUCCAAACUUCUUAUCCAAUAUAGGUCAAUUGAGAUCCAUUAAUUAUUUUCCAAUUGAAGGAAUUGAAGGAAAGGGAGCUAGCCAAGAAUUCAUUGAAUCGUGCAUUUCAAGGUUCAAGUUCUUACGGGUGAUUAGAUUAAAUAAGCUUGGAAUUGACGUAUUGCCCAAAAGAAUUGGUGAUUUGAGGCAUUUAAGAUAUCUCGAUCUAUCAAAUUCUAAAAUAAGAAAACUCCCUGAUUCCAUUUGCAAGCUUCAACAUUUGCAGUCUCUAUCGCUUUUUGAUUGUGAAGAAUUAGAAGAGUUGCCAAAAGACAUUAGGUACCUAACUAACCUCCAAGUACUUAUUUUAACCACAAAACAGAGGUUUCUGUCAAAGAAUGGAGUUGGGUGCUUAAAAUCUCUUCAGUUUUUGGGAAUUUACGGGUGUACGAAUUUAGAAUAUUUAUUUGAAGAUAUUGGUUAUCUAAAAGUCUUUAGAUCAUUAUACAUUGCAAGUUGCCCGAAUCUAAUCUCAUUACCACAUGGUAUAAAAUACCUAAACUCAUUAGAGACUUUGAUAUUGGAUGAUUGUGAAAAGCUUAAUCUUGAUUGGAGCAUGGGAACAAAAGGGGAAGACAACCAUCAAGACCUCAGUAUCCCAAGGGCUCACCUUCGAGUGCUUUUUAUUAAAAAAUUACCACGGUUGGAGGAAUUGCCACAGUGGCUUCUUCAAGGUUCAGCAAACACUUUGCAGAGUUUGAAUAUUGAAGAUUGUUCCACCUUCAAGGCGUUACCAGAGUCAAUGCAGGAUCUCAAAUCACUUCAAGAUGUUCAUAUUCUCUAUUGUCUAGAAUUUUCAUCUUUGCCCAAGGAUUUUAAUUGUCUGAUUAAUUUGAGAGAAUUACAAAUUGAAAAUUGUCCUAAACUGAGUGAAAGAUGCAAACCAGAAACAGGUGAAGAUUGGCCCAAGAUUGCUCUUAUCCCCAAGAUUGAACUUGAUGGAGAGAUUAUCAAAUCAACCAAAAAUUAG